CACAUCCCUAAUCUUUCAACAGGAGUAUUAAGACGAGUGUCAACGCUGUUCCCUGUACUGAUCACAUCCCUAAUCUUUCAACAGGAGUAUUAAGACGAGUGUCAACGCUGUUCCCUGUACUGAUCACAUCCCUAAUCUUUCAACAGGAGUAUUAAGACGAGUGUCAACGCUGUUCCCUGUACUGAUCACAUCCCUAAUCUUUCAACAGGAGUAUUAAGACGAGUGUCAACGCUGUUCCCUGUACUGAUCACAUCCCUAAUCUUUCAACAGGAGUAUUAAGACGAGUGUCAACGCUGUUCCCUGUACUGAUCACAUCCCUAAUCUUUCAACAGGAGUAUUAAGACGAGUGUCAACGCUGUUCCCUGUACUGAUCACAUCCCUAAUCUUUCAACAGGAGUAGCUAGUAAUAUGAGCGUAAACACUGUCCCUUGUACUGUGAAGCCUACUGUCACCUUGCAGAUUGGAGAUGCUGAGACGGAUUCAUCUCGUCCCGGUGUCUAUGUCAUAGACGUUACACUUCCUAUAGGACAGACUGUCAACAUCCAGGAGAUCUCCUUUAAGAACUACUACACAGCAUACGUGUCUGUGCGUCUACUGAGGAGAGAUGGGGAGGGGGCUGCUAAAUGGGCCACAUGUCUGAGGAACCACUGUCUGAUGCCCAGCCCACAUACUGAAGAGGGUUCACAAGACUACUGCUCUGUCUACCGACAACAGAUGCUGAUUGAACCAGACAAUGUGACUUCAGUGAGACUGAUCCUACGACAGCCGUCAUCAGCCUGGCUGAAUUUCAGCGUGGAGGACAUCAAAAUACACCCCUGUUUAAACGAGGAUUCAGAGUGGGACAUUCCUGAUUGGUUGUCAGACCUCACACAGGUGGACCAACUGUGUGAUUUACAGGGUCUUCCAGAUCCUCAGACGGUAUCUUGCAGUAUUCAGCAGAUGUGGGCGUUAACAGAGGUCAUGCAGACCAAUCAGACCACUGCUUCCAUAGGCCGCUUCGAUGUUGAUGGCUGCUACGAUAUCAACUUGUUGUCCUUCACUUAACAAGGAAUUGACUGGAGGUUAAUUUUACAUGGUGUUGGUAAAAUGUGAAGAUCACCAUUGUUAUCUCUCCCAAAGUGUAUUUGAUUAAUUGCCUGACGAUGUUAUAUUUAAGUUUUCUGAAAAGUAUGUAUAUUUAUUUGUGAAACACUGUCAACUUUUUAAAUGUUUUUACAUUUACAUUUACAUUUAAGUCAUUUAGCAGACGCUCUUAUCCAGAGCGACUUAUUUUUGUGUGUUUUUUUUUAACACCUAGGCCACCUUUGCCACUAAUGAUUGUAUCUUUGUUUAUUAUACAAGUCCAAUAGAAGUGAGAUGCAUGGUGGCCUUCAGCCAGAUGAGGACAGUAGUGCUUCUUGAAUGAGACCAAGGAGCCACUGUUAACUAACUAUCUGAGAUGUGGAUGUAUCAUACUGGCUGGGGUUCUAGGUGGUUUGCAGCCUCCAAUUCUCUUUUUUUUUUUCGAUAAAAAAAAUACAUUUUAAAAAGUGACCUUUUUAUUUAACUCGGCAAGUCAGUUAUUCUUAUUUACAAUGACGGCCAACCCCGGCCAAACCCAAACCGGGAUGACACUGGGACUCCCGAUCACGGCCGGUUGUGAUACAGCCAGGAAUCUAACCAGGGUCUGUAGUGACGCCUCUAGCACUGAGUUCCAGUCCCUUAGACCGCUGCGCCACUCUGGAGGAUAGGAUAUAGCAUGCUGGCUGGGGUUCUGUCUACAAUUCUCUUAUUGUAAGUUAUUCAUGAAUAAUUAUGCAUGUCUCAUUUCCCUUCAAUGGAAACAAUUUACAUCAACGUUGUACUGAUGAAAGAAGUGGAGGAAUCGUUAUGCUAUGUAUUAGUGGCAGGAAUCGUUAUGCUAUGUAUUAGUGGCUUUAUGAGAUGACAUCAUACAUGCUCUUAUAGCAAGUCAUUCAUUCAACACAUAGGCUCUGUUAUUAUAUCCCAGUGAUAUUCCUGUAUCCUGCAAGCAACCAACUGUUAGAGCGUUAGGGCGGUCUUUGACGGAAAUAAAAUAUUCAUAUUAUUAAUUAAAUAAAUGGCAAUUCCAAAAA